AUGAUUCGACCGCAAACGCCACGACUGGUGCCGGCGUCGGGCCCACAGCCGGUGCCGCACAGCCGCACGCAUCAGCUCCAGAGACCCAUAAACGUUGACAUAACUCAGUCGCCGACCUAUCAGAUGCUGCAGGAAGAGGAAGAGCCGCACCGUAAGUAUGACUCCGUUCACAACGGUAUCUACAGUGUUGUCCGACCGACAGGUCAGCCCUCGGGACAGUCGCCCAAACACUCGCACUCACCCAUUGGACUCCAUUCGCCCGCAUAUCCCACGCAAACGCCAUACUUUAGAUCACUUAUGAAUUCACUUCUGCCUAACCCUGGAUUUUGAACAUAUGAUAGUUUUUUGCCAUAAUUUAACCGAAAAAUUCUGUUUAACUAUUAUAUUAUAUAUCGAUAUAAAAAUGAAAUCAAAAUUUAGUAUUAUUUUAACUAUUUGUUUAAUCAACAAUUUUAUUGUUGUUAUUAUUACUCCACUAAUUAAUAAUGUUAUUUGGAAAUGAAUAUUAAUUUUCAUUUAACUAACAUUUGUAAUGAGUCCUAAUUUUAAUUGAGUUUUGAGUUAAUCAAUGAAUUAAUACAAAUAAAAUCAAAAAUAAUUAUUUGUUAUAAAUUAUAUUCAACAUUUUAUUUAACUAAUUAAACCAAAAC